AUGGGUUACCGUUCGCUCUUCCUGUUCGCUCUCGUGGGCUGUGCCGCAGCGGCUCCGUGGCGAUGCUACAGAACUGGAAAUGGGGACACAGUUUGCGUCGGAAACCAAGAGCCCUGCAACCCUCCACCUUGCGCCAGAGCCGCUUGCACGUACACGCCGGAGUGCGUGCCUUGCCCGCCGCCUUGUCUACCGCCUUGCCUGCCCCCUUGCCUGCCGCCUUGUCUGCCGCCUUGCCUCCCAUGCCCGGAACCCUGCCCGGACCCCUGCUAUUACCCCUGUCCACCGUGCCCAGACCCCUACCCUCCGUGUUAU